CCAUUUUUGAUGUUUUAUUUGAUUACAUUGAUUAUUAAUGAAUUCGUCGGCGUUAAUUGCCUAAUUGCAUAAGCAGCACGGACAGUAGCAAACAAGCAAGCAGUUCAGCAGCGAACUUCAGGGCAUCGGACCAAGCAUAUCGCAGCAAUAUUCAGAGCGGAUAAAUUUAUAGCUUUCGGAGAUACUUAAAUUUUUGGUCCAUUUUUUCGCAUACCUAGUGGAAGUUGUUGACAUUAUGGCGGAUGAAAAUAGCGAUAAUAAUGCCAAUUGCAGCAUCGAUAAUGCCGGACCUAGUCGCAAGCGGCCAGCCGAUACGGAAGCGCAGAUCUGCCGGGACUUUUUGCGUAAUGCAUGUACACGUGGUAAAGCCUGCAAGUAUUAUCACCCCGAGGAUGUGACACCAGACAGUAAGCUUGUCGAGUUCUGCCACGACUAUCAAAACCGAGGGAGAUGUCGCCGGACAAAUUGCAAAUACAUGCACUGUACGGAGGAAGAAGAGAAAAUCUACCAUGAAACGGGAGCCCUUCCCCCAGGAGUGCAGUCUGGUCCCGCAGAGCAGGUGCCCGUUUGCAAAGACUACUUGAACGGCAUGUGCACACGAACGCAUUGCAAGUUCCGACACGUAGACGAUGGGCGGGCCGUAGGUGCCAUGGGUGUUGGCGGUGGCGGCGGUGGUGUUGGCGUUGGCGGCGGCGUUGGCGUUGGCGUUGGCAUUGGCGGUAUGCUUGACAAGCGGCGACGUCUGGAUUAUGAUUCCGCUCGAAUGGAAUACGCUGACCGAAUGAGAAUGUUAGACGAUGAGAAUAUGUUUCUGCGGCGUAGGCUUGCCGAUCGCGAAGACGAGAUCGUCGGCUUGCGGCGAAGGCUACUCACUCUGGAAGGUGAAACGGAGUCCCUGCAAAGGAAGCUGAUGGCAGAUCCACAGUGUCUUCAGCUGAAGAAACAGGUGGCGGAUUUGGCGUCGAUGAACGGAAUAUUGCUAGAGCAGAAUGCGCGACUCAAGCUAAGCUCUAGCGCAGACACGGGCAACGCGCCUUACGGCCAGGGUAAUAGCAUGUCGACAGCAGCAUCGGUGGCUGGCAGUGUCACUCAGGCUCAGAACUAUUUAGACCAGCUCGAUCAGAAGUACUCGUAUGGACAGGGUGGGUCUGCCGGCCACAGUAGUGGAGGUAUCCGAUACAUGUGAAUAGAUUCGUGUUUGAUAUGGCGGUGGCGUUAUUGUGAAAGGUAACUGAUGAGUGGAAGACCUAGACAAGUGUGUUCUUUGCCAUGUAGUUUUAAUUGGUAACUGUUUCUGAAUCAUUGCACGUACAAACGUUUUCAGUAUAUGUUUCAGACUCUUUCUUUUUUCUAAUUGAAAUCAACGACAUGUUGAUCAUUACAACCUACUCCCAUUAUGGUUUCCCCAUGAACAUUUGUUUUAUUCCAUCAGGUGACUGACCAACUUCUGUCAGUUUCUAAUCGCAAAGAGCUGUAUUGUUCACAGCUAAAGUAGAUUAACUUUUUGACAACUUUCUCAUCAUAAUUAUUUUGGAAGUGAAAGUAGACUGUUGGGUUGUUAUUACCUACUUUCAUUGGUUCCCUCGUUACCAUUUGUUUUCGAAUCCAAGCUUCAGGUCACAGUGAUCUUGAUAUAAAUAAUAGAUUUAGAUAUUUCUAUUAUUGUUUAUUUUCAUGUUCAUUGUUUUAUCCUAUUAUUGUUCAAACACGCUGUCCUGGGACUGUUUGUCCAGUGCAGUGGGUUAAUCAUUAGUUAAUCGUUAAUCGUUAGUUGGGAAGUCUGUAGUGGCCUUUUACCACCUCCCUAUUUCAAUAUUGGUAUUAACAUUUUGUUUUGGUUCGAACCAGUACAGGGAUGUUAAUCUGGUAUCUACUCAGUCAUCCGAAGUGGUGAGGGUAAUAUUUUCACCAACUGAAAGGUAAAUUGGUGUGUGGGUCCCCUGUCGUCCGUCGCCUAUGAAAAUGGCAUAACCACUACAUAAUAAUAUUUAGCACAUAAAGGGAGACCACUGUGCAUUUAUUUUCGAGCCAAUAUAAUGUCUAUGUAACAGAUAUAGUGGACAAUCAUUUCAUUGUAACCUUGCUUUGUAGAUUUAAUCAUUUUGUUUUGCGCCCAUUGUCAUUUUGAUCUAAUUACUGUUUACUUGCAUCAUAUAGGUAACUAAGUAUUUGACGUUUACUAUGGUGUGGACUAAUAGGUCAGUCGUAUGGCAGUUGUCUGAGGUAUUGUAGGUUUUUGGGUCGAUAGCGCUUAAUGUAUUAGCGUUUCUGCUAUCCAAAACGGUGCACCACAACUGAUGGGAGGCAGUAAGUUUGAUGACGACCGAUUUCGUCUCAACAAAGUGCCGAAAUUGUUGUUUAGCAAAUAUUCAUUUCACUUCAUCUUCCUCCCUCCCAGCCCACUUUUGACCUCUUGUCUUGCGCCAUUAAUAUGUCAUUACUAUCACAUGUAUCGUCAUAUUCAUUUCAAUCGUGUCCAAUUAAGGUUCAUGCAUGCUGUCCUGGGAACACGAUUCAGCUGUAUUUGGUUGUCCAAGACUGGUUGAUGAGCGGGAGGAUGGUAUAAUGGCCUUAAACCUCCCCGUAGAACCACCAAAUGUGAUGACUGGUCACUAUGCCACUGAUGUCUGUGUAUAUUGUUUGUAUAAUUGAAUAACGGUAACCUGUUUUAGGGCGGAAUAUAGCUCUAUCGGUAGUGUUCGCCUGAGCUGUUUGCGUCGUAGGAUCGAACCAUAUUGGUUGACCCAUAAUCUAAUUGGGAUUUUGUCCCGUCUCUACCAGUGCCCCACCACUGGUAUAUCAAAGGCCAUGUCAUGUGCUAUUCAGCCAGUUGGAAAAGAAAUGUAAAAGAUCCCUUGCUGCUAAUGGAAAAAAUGUAGCGGGUUUCCUCUAAGACUUCCAUGUCAAAAAUUACCAAAUGUUUCAUAUCCAAUAGCCGAUGAUUAAUAAAUCAACGUGUUCUAGUGGUGUCGUUAGACAAAACAUACUUAACUUUAGCUGGGGAUGAGGGAAGAGGGCAGAUGGGUACGUGAGCAUGAUCAGUUGGCGAAGAGAACGAAUUCUUGUAUGUUUGUGAUGAAAUGAAAAAUAACCGACGUGCUUCCUGUGGUGGGUUUUUUCUAACUUCAAAAGUACAAUCAUGUUUGUAUAUUGACAACACUGUACCUGGCCUAUACUAAUGAGAUGCACAGAACAGAGUAUGUGUAGUGAUUAUGAGUAUUUUCAAGCUAGACUACGCUUCUUUUUUUCUUUCUUUUUUGUAUAUAUUUUUUUUCUUUUGUGGGGGAAUAUUGGAGCAACUGCCUCCUCUCGACCCACGCCAGGUACGGUCCUCGUUGACUCGUAGCACUAGCAGUACAUUAUUUGUUCAGUUCCAGAUGAAUAUUGUUUUUAAAUAUGUCAUAUAUGUUGUUAUAGUUUGAUUUGAGGUAGUAAACAAAGAAUUAACAUUUU